AGAGGAAAGCUUCACCCAGUUCGAGAAUGGCAUCAACUGGCGGUCGUAUGUAGUGUGUGACGUGGCCUAUAACAACGUCAACAACUGGCUGUGGACCCCCUUCAUCGAGCGAGGACCUGCCAACCGCAUGUACAUAGAGGUCAAGUUCUCCAUGAGGGACUGUUCUCUCUUCCCUGGCACUGCCCUGUCAUGCAAGGAGACCUUCUCACUCCUGUACUACGAGUUCGACGCCGCCACGAAGGAGCCGCCCUUCUGGGAGCCAGAGAGCUACAAGCUGAUAGACCGCAUCGCCGCUGACGAAGGCCGCUUCACCAACUCCGCCGACAUCAUCAUCAAUGCUGAGAUCAGGUCCAUCCCUGUGACCAAGAAGGGCGUCUACUUUGCCUUCAGGGACCAGGGCGCCUGCAUCUCCCUCUUGGCCAUCAAGGUGUACUAUAUAACAUGUCCGGAGAUCACCAAGGCCUUCACGCACUUCCCCACCACGCCCACGGGGUCGGAGGUAACGAGUAUCGAGCAGGCGACGGGCGUGUGUGUGGCCCACGCCCGCGAGGAGAGCCCCACCUCAUUCCUGUGUACGGGAGAUGGCCAAUGGUCCCUCCUUAGUGGCCGGUGUGACUGUCUCCCAGGGUACCAGGCCAACAUCGAGAAACAGAGCUGUGACGUGUGCCAACCUGGGAAGUUCAAGGACAGUGUGGGGGCGGACAAGUGCCGUGCCUGCCCGGAGCACAGCGCGGCGCCCCAUGCUGGAGCCUCUGAGUGUAGAUGUGACACUGGGUACUACCGCGCCCCGAAGGACCGUCGCGGCAUGCCCUGUACCCGUCCUCCAGGCAAGCCUAAGAACAUCACAGUGCACUUUUCGGACCAGUCUACUGUGACACUUGUGUGGGAGCCUCCCAUACAUGAUGGGGGCCGCACCGACACCCUCUACCGAGUUAUCUGUGAUGCCUGUGGUAGUCAUGUCUCGUACAACCCCCCACAGGUGGCAGAUGAGAGCUUCAACGCUACCCAGGUAACGAUCAGUGGCCUGAACCCAGUUACAACAUACAGGUUUCAGGUGUUUGCUGAGAAUGGAGUGUCAGAUCAAGCCCGUGAUCCUCAAUAUGUUGAUAUCACAGUCACUACAGAGGCAUCAGGUGGCUUUAUGGUGGUUGGCUCCGAACCUGAGGUGCCAUCCAUGGUGAGCAAUGUCCAUGUUACAAGUGUUAAGAGCACUGAGAUCUCCCUGGCAUGGGAAGCUCCAAGUGAUCCAUUCUCAGAUAUUGAAAUGUAUGAGGUACGCUAUUAUGUUCGAGGACUGCAGAACAACUCCUCCAGUAUCUUAACUAAAAAGGAAGAGUCUUCUCUGGUGGCUCUACGUCAAAGAACAGACUAUGGUUUCCAGGUCCGUGCCAAGACUACCCAUGGAUGGGGAGAAUACUCGUCCCCUGUGUAUAAGAAGACUGGACAGCUCUUGGGGACUCCUUAUGUUGGAGAUGAGGACAAUACACAAGUUCGCAUUAUUGUUGGAGCAACAGUGGGAGCGUUUGUAGUGAUUGCAGUCAUUGUUAUUAUGACACUGCUCUUCUUGAGAAGAGGCACAGAUGAAUGCAACAAGAAGCAGCCAUCAGACUGCGACACAUUAGAAUAUCGCAAUGGCGAAGAUACCACCAACUUGUGUCAUCCUGCGUUACACCCUGCCUGCUUUAGAACUGGGCAUCUCACCCCGUGGACCCUAAACACAUCUCCUGUGUACAUGCACGGUGUUUUGGAAAACCCACCUAUAGUCCAAACCCACACCACCGGAAGUAUGACAACACCUCUCUUUACGCAAGUAGGACACCACCGAACUUAUAUAGAUCCUCACACAUAUGAAGACCCUAACCAAGCUAUCAGGGAAUUUGCAAGAGAGAUUGAUGCCUCAUAUAUAACUAUUGAGGCUAUUAUUGGUGGUGGAGAGUUUGGGGAUGUGUGUAAAGGUAAACUUCAACUACCCAGUCGACCAGAAAUGACAGUUGCAAUCAAGACUCUUAAGCCUGGAUCAUCAGAGAAGGCCCGUGUGGAUUUCCUCACCGAAGCGUCAAUUAUGGGCCAAUUUGAGCAUCCCAAUGUGAUCUUCUUACAAGGAGUCGUAACCAAGAGCAACCCUGUCAUGAUCAUCACUGAGUACAUGGAGAAUGGCUCACUCGACCACUUCCUCAGGGUGAAUGACGGAAAGUUCCAGGUUCUUCAGCUUGUGGGAAUGCUACGAUGUAUUGCUUCAGGAAUGCAGUACCUCAGUGAGAUGAAUUAUGUGCACCGGGAUCUAGCGGCUCGCAAUGUACUCGUAAAUGCUCAGCUUAUGUGCAAAAUUGCGGACUUCGGGUUAUCAAGGGAGAUUGAGAGUCACACAGAAGGAGCAUAUACUACAAGGGGGGGUAAAAUCCCAGUAAGGUGGACAGCACCAGAGGCCAUAGCAUUCCGCAAAUUUACAAGUGCAUCUGACGUGUGGAGUCUGGGUAUCGUAAUGUGGGAAGUCAUGAGUUAUGGAGAGAGGCCAUACUGGAACUGGAGCAACCAAGAUGUCAUUAAGAGUAUUGAGAAGGGUUAUCGUUUGCCAGCACCUAUGGAAUGUCCCGAGGCCAUAUAUCAGCUUAUGUUAGACUGCUGGCAGAAGGAACGCAAUCAUCGUCCCAAUUUUGCCUCCAUUGUGCGGACUCUGGAUAGACUGAUCCGUACUCCUGAGGCUCUCAACAAAGUGGCUCAGAACAGGUGUACAACAGCCCUGGGUCUAGAUUCUGUUGAUAUGACCCAGCUGACCUCUGUGGAGGACUGGCUUGCUUCCCUGAAGAUGAGUCGUUACGUGGACAACUUCCAACGGACAGGCCUCACCGAUUUGGAGGCUGUGGCUCGCCUGACCCAGCAUGACUUAACUCAGCUGGGUAUCACACUAGUUGGCCACCAGAAGAAGCUUCUGCAGAGUAUACACACCUUGCGCACACAGCUUGCCGUCAACAUGUCUGAGGGCUUCCUAGUAUAGUGCCACUACUCUAGCUAAUGCCAACUCUUGGUACCGAGUUAGGGUAAAGUAGUCAGGUGGGCUAACGUCCAGGUCCAGAAUGAAUGUGAUGUCCACUGGUGCGUCAAGUUGGACCUGAAGGCCAUCAUCGUCUAUGUGAAAAUGUGAUAAUGAAAGAGGGAAAGACACUAAUUAAGACUUGAGUUCAGGGCAGGGUAUAGAGUGCAUUUUUUAUGUUAUUUUAUUGCAAUAAUGUGAAAAUUGUCCAUCACAAAGACAGAUUUUUCCCAAAUAGCUCAAGAAUACCCUGUAUCCUAGAGUACCAAGUAAACUAAGGGGAAAGCGUGCCUCAGAGCAGCAAAUGACUGUUUAAGUUUUGGAAGUGCCCCCACCCUCUCCUUCUUGUGAUAUUUUCAUGGCCAAUGGUGUGUUGGAGACAGAACUGUGGUGCGCAUGUGUGUGGUCUGGGGACAGAACAAACAGCUGUGAUCAGCUUCCACGUUUGUGUGUGUGGAGGGUUGAUAAGCUUGCCUGUCACAUCCGUGCAUUGUACACCACUCCUGAGGUUUGACCCUUAGUGUAAUUGUUGAUAUUCCAUUUGCUGCCAGACCUUAUUCUGCCAAAGUCUAGUAUUGGUGUUGUCCUUUCUACCCUUUGAUGAACUCUUGGAGACUUUCCUGUUUAAGCUUCUGCCAGCGUCUCACUUUCUACUGAGAGAUUAUAAGUUGCCUGUCUGUGGUGAAUUGCAGUGUAGUGUGUAUUAAAAUUGCUCAUGCACACUAACUGGAAAAAUCAGAAACUACUGGGUGAACACAGGCCAGCAAAAGAAGAGCUCUGUGCAAAAAAAAAGCUUAACUUCAAAAGCGGCUUAUUAGGGGGAAUCUUUCAAUCCUUGGAGGACUUGAAAGACAUUGCAGACUAGAAAAUUGCCAAGAGAAGAGAGAACCUCCCUCCUGACGCACAUAUCACUUAUCCCAUCAUGUGAACAUCCGGCCAUUCCCUGCUCCCUUUCCUCCCUCCCUCCCGCAGGACCCAACUGCUGUAGUUACACUGCCUUGUUGUUACCCAAGUCAGAUAAUGCAGUGCUGGUAAAUGGCUGGGUGUCAGUAAAUUCAUAGAAGACUACAUUUGGAGAAGUAUAAUUUUUAUUACAUGUACAUUUAAUGAAAAGAUUUUGUUUUUUAAAUGAAAUUCAAAUAUAUCAUUUCAGUACCCUGAAGAGUUAUUUGCACUCAUCAGUAACAAGUUGAAAAGUUCAAUACACUCAACCAUUCACCAACACAGCCAGAGUGUCUAACUACCCUUUCAGUGUCUGUCCAGUCAUCCCAUGGUGUCCUGCACUGUCCCCUUUUUGCACAGGUUUACAAUGUAAUUUAAUUAAAUUCAUUAGCUUUUUGUGUAAUGAUGUGUUCAGUAUCAUCAAAACCUUAUUGUAGCUUGAUUUAGUCACACUGUUGUAUCCUUUGAUGUAACCAUAUAUUACAACUUUAAUUCCAAAACAAUUGAUUUAUGACUCAUCAGAUAAUUUGUGAAUACCAAGUGCAUGUUUGUGUAUCCUCUGUAAUGUUGUUAGCAAAAGCCUGUGUUUUUGGGAACAUGUGUGAUGACUAGAUAAUCAAAAUUUUGUAGAUCUUAUUUAGCAUAUAGGAGUUUCUACAAAAGCACCAAGCAAUACAACUCACUGACAUAAGAAAUGUGUAACUUGCUGUGUUGUUACUAUGAAUUGAUGAGUAACAAUCAAAAAAACAUCCUUGACUGUGUAGGUAGGUAUUUUCAUACGUCAACUUCAUAAUAAUAGAAAAAAAAAAACUUAGAAUGUAAGUCCCAAAGAAGGAGGAAGGAAGGAGCGAGUAUUCCUAGGGAAGUUCCGUGUGUGAUAAUUUUGGAUUCUUGUAUUUUGGAAUGGGGAGGGAGAUAAUGUGGCAAAGUGGUCCACAACCCUUGUGCCAGAGUGGGCCACUGGUCUUCACAUUCCACACCCUCUCAGUUACGGUUCCUUGUCAGGGUGUUUGCCACUAGAAUUGUUCCUAUUAAGAUGUAAUUCAGCUUGCAUAAAGUUUUAGCCAAUCAUUUCAAGUAGCUUUCAAAAAGUGGUCUUCGAUUUGCAAAUUUAAGUUGCUGCAUCUUUUGUCAACAGUAUGUGUAGUUAUUUGCUUUUAGUCCUUUUGUUACAGGGAAUAUUUUUUUCUGAUGAAGCCUCAGGGCGACCACUUUCACUGCCUCAUUGACAGUUCCGAGAAUCAAGCAAUCGUCCAGGGCAGCGUAGUGCAAGCAUUAGGGCUUUUUGGAGGAAGGUUGCCAAACAGGAGGACAAUGUUUUUAGUGUGCUAUUGACAGUUUGACUGAUAUUUCUACAUUAUAACUUAUGGAGCACAGAUAAUUUCUCUUGGGUGCAAAGAUAUUAUUUUAUGUCAUGGCAAGGUGUGUUUGGUUAAAAAAGAGGCUAGGUCACUGUUGGCAGUUCGAGCCUUCCCCUUGGCAAGUCCAAAUGCUAUCACAGCUGUUGUUUUGCUUUGUGGCAAAUCCCCUGACAGACCUCAAGAGACGUGUCUUAUUUUCUUACUGAUGUAGUCUCACAAUUACUUUGUGUGUCUUCUAUUACCAUUACUAUCAUAAUCAGCGGCAUAUUCUCCGGCAACCUCCCAUAAUCGUGUGGGGAAACUACAAUUGAAAUGCUGUGUAUGCUAUACACAGCUAGACAGUUAUAUCCAAUACACAUACAUACUCUUCGCAACCUUGGUGUAAACUUUUGAGAAGGCAGAAUCAAAAAAUCUUUUUUUUUUCCUUUUUAUGCUGAAAGAUGUGAGAAAAGAGGCUUUUGGAGUAGACUUUCAGUCUUUCUCUUUAGUUUACCACUUGAAAGUCACAAAGAAAUCUGCAAAUGCCUUGAGCACGGAGGACAGCAUAGCGUAAUUGUUUUAUAUCAUUUUUAUUUAUUGAGCCGACGCAUUGCUAGAAGAGCAUAUGUUGUGUACUAUAAUGUUGUAUAAAGUUUGUAAAAUAGUCAAGAAAUAUUUUAUAUUUUUAGUUGGUAAGGUAUGAGAUCUCCAAUUUUGAACUCAUUAAUUGUUCGAACAUGGAAUGUGAUUUGUUUUUAGUUUGCUGAUGAAAUGGAGGUGCCAAUGUGUGCAUCGUAGUGUCAGUGAAGCAAGGGAACUUGGGGGUUUAGAUUUAAGAAAAUUAGGUAUUCAAUUCCAAAGUUACUGGUAACACUCAUCCCUGGCUCUGCCCCCUAAGAUCCUAUGUAUCAACUUUUUUGUAUAUAUGAUUCUGCAGGCAUUUUCUUAAACACAGAUCUUUUUCAAUAUUGUAACUGUGUCCCGUACUUUCAUUUCCAUUACUUGUAUGUAUGAUGAAUUUAGAUACAACCGGAAGAUUGUUGGGCUUUCUUUGCUAAUACUCAAUGUUUUUAAAUAUGAAGUUUAUAGUGUUUUUGUUUCUAUCAUACUGCUAUGAUUUGGGAUUUAGUUGAGAUCACACCAAUUUUAAGUCCAUUACUAUGUCAAUUCUGCCAACCUGAGUAAUUGCAGGUAAAUAAUUACUAUAAUUUUUUUCAAGCUUCAUAAUGUAACAGUUAUUCUAUUUGCAUUAGAUGAUGUCCUAUGACUCUGCUCAAGCUGACAGGUUGACAUGACUCGUAGUGACCCCCAAUGCAACAGCUGUAAAUUGUAGCUUUUUCCUAGUCAUAUCUAUUAUCCCUCCCUCCAGUCGCAGGUAGUUGGAGGUCAGCUACUCAGUUGGUUUGAUGCCAGUAACAGAAACGGUCUCAAUACCAGCCAGCACAAGUGACAUUACUAAUUGCCCCGUUUACCAAGGUCGAUUUACCACCAGCUAAAGAAGUAAUCAACCUUAGUGACAGAAGUGGUGAACAUGUGUUUCUUUAGGACAAGUGCUGAGCAUCCUGGAUCCAACUAUGGCAGAGAGCCACCUAGCUGGCCUCCAUAGGGAACAUAGGCCCCAGGAGCUUCCUGUAUCGCAUUUGGCUUUACACUUCAAGAGAUUUAUUAUUUUAUUUCAUGUGAUUGAUGGCGAUCCUAAGAGGUUAUCGACAAUCCUGGAGCUUCUUCCUUACUUCUGCGGCGAAUUCUGCUGACAUGUUUGUAUUCUGUUCAUUCCUAACCUUCAAAGCAGUUGUAUGUGCAAGUUCUUUGUGUUCAAGAAACAAUAAAGUUUGACAGAAAUACGGGAA